GCAAAAACAGGAAGUAGGACCAAAACAAAGGAGCGGCAGCCCCGAGCGGACCUGCUUUCCGCCUCCCUCCAGCGCGCGUCUCCCUGGCCGCCCACCCCGAGGAGCCGUCCGACCAUGUCCAAUAUGGAGAAACACCUGUUCAACCUGAAGUUCGCGGCCAAAGAACUGAGCAGAAGUGCCAAAAAAUGCGACAAAGAGGAAAAGGCCGAAAAGGCCAAAAUUAAAAAGGCCAUUCAGAAGGGCAACAUGGAAGUCGCGAAGAUCCACGCCGAAAAUGCCAUUCGGCAGAAGAACCAGGCAGUGAAUUUCUUGAGGAUGAGUGCGCGGGUCGAUGCGGUGGCUGCCAGAGUCCAGACGGCGGUGACGAUGGGCAAGGUGACCAAGUCGAUGGCCGGGGUGGUGAAGUCGAUGGAUGCGACGUUGAAGACGAUGAAUCUAGAGAAGAUCUCCGCCCUGAUGGACAAAUUCGAGCACCAGUUUGAGACGCUGGACGUCCAGACGCAGCAGAUGGAAGACACGAUGAGCAGCACGACGACGCUGACCACUCCCCAGAGCCAAGUGGAUAUGCUGCUCCAGGAAAUGGCCGAUGAGGCCGGCCUGGACCUCAACAUGGAGCUGCCGCAGGGGCAGACCGACUCCGUGGGCACGAGCGUGGCGUCGGCGGAGCAGGAUGAGCUGUCCCAGAGACUGGCCCGCCUGCGAGACCAAGUGUAACGACCGAGCGCU